CGCCUUCCUGCCGUUUUGACUUCCCGGCGUUUUGCAAAUUCCGUCAACGAGGUCUGCCACAGCCGAGAUUUUUGGAGAGGUCCGCUCUUGUGUGAGUGGGGAAUAUGCGACGAAGACUCGUGCCCAUGAUUGCGGCCGCAAGUGGCAAGCGUGCUCGUGUUUACCAUCCCGUUGGAACCGUCGUGGCAAAGACUAGUGCUGUGUGAGUAUAUCCUCUGUGUCCGCGUGCGUGCGUACGCCGUGUCACUUCGCCUUCCAGCCCAUUCGAGCGUGGUUCUCCUUGUUUUUGCGCCCAUGUUUCGUGGGCGACGGCGACACGCCGCGUUCUUAACCCAUGAAUAAGCAGAGGGGGGCAGGGAGUUCGUGGCACAACCAAAUUACCCUCCCUUUUCUCCUGCUUUUUCCCCUGUUCCUGACUCCGAAGAGGGCGGCUUUACCGGGGAAUUCCCUCGUUCACACAAGGGAGGGGGGAGAAUAGCUCUUUCGUCCGAAUCACCGCUUGUAUCUUGUUUUCGACAUUUCCUAUGCGGAGACGGCCUGGUCGAUCAGCACGUAAGAACAGUGGAGCCUUUCCCUCGUUUCCUUUGUUUUUCUUGUGCAGUUCCCAUUCAUCUAGAACAGUUAAUUCCCCGGGCGACAACUGGUAAACACUGCACCCGUGCACUGGGCUAAAACAGAACCUUAUGAAACCGCCUUUUCGGUCGCCCCAAAUUUCGUGAAUCUGGCGGUCUCUUGAAGAAUCUGCAAGUGUUGAAGCGCGACUCCAAUCGGUCGACUGGCCGUUCCAGCGACAAUUCCCUUAGCUCCGGCGAGCUGUUCUUUUCUUGGACGACCGGUUCUCUUUUGUAGCAAAGACCUUUUUCCUCGCUGUUUUGAGCCACUGAACACCAGGAGACCAUCUAGGUGCUUUGGACCUGUCGCUGCGCCGUGCGUUGUAGUACGAUGAUCCCUCCGCCGUGAAGACGCUUACCGCUAAAGAACUGCACGACCUCCCUUGAUUUCCGCUUCAACAAGAAAAACAUUUGUCACCUGCUUUCCCAACGGUGGCUUCAUUACCUCAGAGUUGAUGGCAGGUGACGCCGGCGCAUGGUGCCUGCAGAUGUCUUUGUCCUCUCCUUCGUAGUGAGCCCUUGCCCAGCUAACACGAAGAGAGGUCGCCCCGCCUAUCAACGUACCAUUCUUCGUCACUCCAGUCCCUGCGCCUAGCCGUAGACUCAUCCCAAAGGUUUUUGCUUUUCUUUACAGCUGGCUCAUUUUGCCUGCUGUACCAUGCAAAUGAGACAGGGCAUAUAGAAUGUGGCACCUCGUCAAACAGGAAGACGCGAAGCGCUGAGGGGAACGUCAAAGUCUUCUAUGAUACAAGGCACGGCACGCGCACAAGACUGGUACAUCUAUGGCGACGUGUACGUACACCGGCACUGACAGUGCGGAACAGGAGGGAACCGGACGUUGAUUUUGUGUCUUUCCGUGUGUCGACCGUCUUUCACUUGUUGAGCCGUCGUCGAGGUCUCUUGUCGCGCCCUUCGAGCUUUGCGGGAAGGUGCAGCGCAUUUGGUCUGUACGAACAUCUGUUUCGUCCGAACCUCGAGUCCAUUUUUCUGGCACUCGUCCCUGCGUCAGUGGACACUCACUGCCAAGGCCGUGGGCGAUCUCCUCACGGCAACACCACGAACAUGGAAAAACCGGACUCAUUUCCCACUCUUGCUUCGUCUAUUGAGUGGUUUUCUUCAACUCCACAGCCUGUCCUAGCUCUUCUCUCUUCGAGUUCUGAUGGAUCCGUGAAAGGCUCUGCAGAGGGCGAUGGCGGCGAAGAACCGAAUUCCUUCACUUCUCUCGCUGGACAUCCCAGCAGUGCUUCCUGGUCCGACGACAGAAGGACUCAAACACAUGCGUCGGUCUCUCUCCCUCGCUUCCGUUUCUCCUCCAAAUCGCCUUCUCUGUCCCCCGUGGAUAGUCACGGUGCGCCGCCUUCAUCAUCUCUGCGCGACGGUAGUGGCGCUUCCAGUCUGAAAGGAAACUCCCCUGAGGACGUGUCCAUCUUUUUUGGAUCGUCGCGUGUACAGACAGCUGAGUCCGCUCUAGGUGCAUCCUCCGCUCUUCGGUGGACACCGGAAGAGGCGAGUAUGGCGCCCGUUGUGGGAGACACUGAGGAAGGCGCAUUGAGGCCAGUUGCAUGUGCCAUUCAAGUGAAAAAGGAACUUGAAACACAGGAGCGGAGGGCGAAUCCUCUCCCUAAUUCUGCGUCUGACCAAAGAGCGAGUGCAUGUACACCACCCGUCGCGCCAUAUAUGUGUCCAUUCCCUUCAUUGUCCAGAGACUUCACAGACGGAUUCGUCUCGGCGAGCAACCACACUGACAUUGCGCCGCUUGCGUGUGCUGCCCACGACUUGCCCUCAGCCUCGCCCCUGGGGGAAGUUGAGAGCACUGUAGGGCUGUUGACGAAGGACGAGCCGCCACAGUGUAAACGUUCGUCUCCAAAUGGCGGCCUCUCGCCACUAUAUGAGGUGGAUACCAGCGCGCCUGCGCAUCCAAGGCUUCCGUGGAUUUCUCCCACGCAUCCGUCUGUGGUUGCGUCGCCUCCCUCGUCUCCUGUCCCCGAGGGUCUCCUUCGCUGCAGGUCGCCCAAAACACCCCUUUGGCUUUCGCCCGUCUCGCUGCCCCCUAGCAAACGCGGGGUCGACAAAGAAGAGGCUGACGCAGUGAAACCCGACGGCCAGAUGAACGAGGGAAGGCUCCCCGCUUCAUUCUCCUCUUCGUCGACCGUGGGAGACUGUAGGGGUCAUAUGUGGGACGGCGUCAGUGCGUGGCAAGAAUCACAGAAGCGUCCCGCGUCAAGUAGGGGGGACCCAGACUGCACUCCUUCCUGCUCGCAUUCCUUGUCAGCGUCAUGCCCCCCUUCGGUGCCUCUUGCUUCGUUAGCCGAUCCCCUUGCGCCUCCGCCGCUACUCUCUACGGUUUCUGAGCUCGCUGCGCUCUUCGAGCCGUCCCCUGGCGAGGAGUUUUUUCUGGAUGUUUCGCCUGCGACUGCAGACCUUUCUGCAGCGACUCUGCUCCCGGGCUCCGCCUUUUUGGAAAGCGAGUUCAUCUCGUCGCUCUCGCUCUCUCUGCCGGCGGUCGUCUCCUUCCUCUUUUCUUUGUUCAACGGAGACCCGGGGCUCGGUAUUCUCACGCCUCAAGCGAAGUUCAUGGCCUGGCGAUCCCUGGUGUAUCUCUCCGAUCUCCAUGAGGGGAAAGUCGCUUCCUCGCCUGCCGCGGAAUCAGGCGCCGGAGCGCUCGGUCGGGGCGGCUAUCGAGCAGCUGCAGCUCGCGGGCCUUUUUACAGGGGCCAGCACGCGCAGCCUCAGGCUCAGCCCCCCCCAGUCAGUGCCCAGGAAUGUGUUGCGACCUCCAAAGGGAAGCGUUCGGUCCGCCACGCCCUCGUCGGCGAGCGGCCAGCCCCCAUGAGCGCACCAGCUGGGCAAGUGGCUUCUUCUGGUCCGACAUCUUCACCUCACGGAGCUAUCCAAGCCUCCGGGCCAGCUGGCCCAGGGCCUGCUUCUGCAGUGGCGCAGCCUCGGGGUCUCUUUGGCCGGUGUCUCUUGCCGCCCUCGAGGCCUUCAGUCUCAGAGGCGAAGGGCGAAAAGAAGGAGACCGCCGAGGCAGCGAGGGGCUUGGAUCACUUUGACUUUUUCAAAGUCCCACGCACGCGAUUGCCAGGAUUGCCGAUUGCAAACGAGCGAGACUGCGCCGAGGCGCAGGAGUCCUGGAAAGCUGCUGAGGAGCUUUGGGCGGCGGCGCGAGCGAGCACGUCAGCGGCCACCUCAGAGUUGGCAAGCGGAGCAGGUCCGGAGUUUUCCAGUGACACAAAGCGACCUCGCGGCUGCGGCCCUGGAGGGGACAGCACGACGGCCGUCACAGGCAGGUCUCAGGUGGCGAGUGUAUCGACAGGAUCAGGGAAUGUGGCUGGUAAUGUGGGAAGGCGAAGCUCUCUGCCAGGGGAGGAGACAUCGCGAGAGGUGACUGGUGUGUCGGGUGCAAGUGGGUCGACCCACGAUGAUGAAACGGUCUCUUGUCGGCUUGGACAGGGAGCCCGACAACACCAACAUGCUUCUGCUGUGGGGGGAGGAGUGUGUCGGAAAGGUGGGGCCGAGGCGCAGGUUGGUCGAAGUGAAGUCGAUCGAAGAAGGGGAGAAGGCGACCUCUCCCACUUUGACGAGGACAAGUUGCGAGCAGCGGCGCAUGCCGAGCGGCGAACGGAGUCGGUGUCCCAAACACCUUCUUCCGUCGCCACUUCUUCCUCACCGCAGGGGGAGUCUUUCUUGCACGAGCAAAUGCACCUCCUUGCCCAAAUCGGCGACGAGCAGCAGAUUUUGGGGUACGAAGAGAACUUCCCACGCUUCGUCUGUGGGACGAUCGACAGACGCUGGGCUCUCCAGCAAAGGACUGUCAAGGUGCCGCUGGACAAGACGCUGACAGCGAGAGAAGCCUUGGGCACGAAGAAGCCGGGUGGCGCGGAUAAAGAGAGCCCAACAGAAGGGGGUGGGAGUAAGAGGAAAGGCGCACACUCUGACGAGACAGGCGAAAGAGACAAACCAGGUGGCCUCGUGCUGGAACUUCAAUUUGAGGAGAUUCGGUACAGUGCUGCCAAACGAAUGUGGCCAAAGAACUCCGUUGUCCUACCUGAAAAGCUCACGCCGGGGUUGCAAGUGCAGGUGGCGUGCUAUGCCAAGAUCCUCGAGCGCGGCGACAAUUCCGCCAACGUUCGCAAGAGCCGACUUGGCUGGAAAGACGAUGAGAGUCGGCUGGUCUGGAGAGACGGCGAGGUGACGAAGGUUUUGCCGGCUUCCGGUGAGAUCUACGUUCGCGUCCAGGCCAGCUACCAAGACUAUAAGAGCAUGAAGUACUCCGUAACUGAUUUCGUCCCCCCGUCACUGCCUAUUGCUCGGCCUCGCGACAAGCUCUGGCGGUUGCGGCCGCCUAAAGCGCACGCUACGAGAGACAUCUAUCCAGGCUCCUGCAUUUGCAUGAGCAUCACGCCCUCGCCGUCAUCAGGGCCCGCUUCUGCUUCUGCUCGUCCCGUGUUUUAUGUGGACGCAGUUGUGCACAAGGUCUUUUAUUCGUCAGAGGAGUCUCGCGAAUGCCGCCGCAGAUGCGCGAAAGUUCGCUCCGAACAAGGGGGUGUUGGGUCGCCCAAGGCAGGAAGGAUUGCGCCGGGCGUUUCUACGCCUGCCGUGAAAUGGCCGACGGAAACGAGUCAAGUGCCGAGUGUCUGGACAAAGCGACGGCCGUCGGAAGACCAGACAAAAGGAGCCUCGUCGGGUGCGUCUUCGGCCACAACGAAACAGGGUAAUUCGUCAACAGAAGCGGCGGUAUCUCGCGGAACAAGGCUGCAGCGCUCGCUUCUUCGAUCGGCCUCCAGGGCAGGCGAUUCUGUCGCGGGAAACGUGUCUCCUGUCGCUCCUUCGCCUUCAUCGGGGACCGGGCAGAACCGGCCUCGAACCCGCAGAGCCACAGGCGCCACGAGUGAGGUGGGAGGCCGUAGAGAUCGGGGGGCUACCGGCGGCGGGGCGGAUCAACGGAAAGAGGGAGAGAAGGAAACAACAAAUCGGCAUGAUUCUGGGACUUCUCCCGCGUCGCAUGUGGAUGAGGAACCUGAGGGGAGUGAGUGCGGAGACGACGAGAGCGACUUGACUGUUGAAUCGCUAGUGCACCCGAUGGAAGGCCUGAGGUGCCCCGAGGGCCGGACGCCGGUCGAGCUUCACGUCGUGCUUCUUUCCGGAGGAACCCUGACGGAAGACGUUUGCCGCGUUUCUGGCAGACAAAUCCUGAAGUUGCCCUACGACCUGCAUGCGCAUUUCGACGAAUUUUCCCCGGACAUAUCGCGCCACGUUCCUCCCGAUCUGUUGUCCGAUGAAGACGACGAGGCUGCUUCAGAGAAAGGGGCGUCUCCGCCGGUCUCGUCCCCAGGCACAGACGGAGAUGUACACGGCCCGAUGGAGGAAACAGGCAACCCGAGGCGAUCUGGGGCCCUCGACGCAGCCGGACCUACGCCCCUGUCUCUCCCGGAAGGGCCUGAAGCUCCGAAGCGGGCACGGCCCCUGGAAAUUCCUCGAGCGGCUGCGCAGGCAAAUGCAUUCAUGUGGGUUGUGCCUCGUGCGUUGAGCCACGAAGUCGCGUACACAGCUAAGGGAAGAACUCGCACCUUCAGCUCUGACUACUUUUUUCCUACUCAGCUGGCAGGUGCCGGGCCGCCCCACCACAGCGAUCACCGAGGAUGGCACCACGGCCAGAGUGGCACCUCGGGAUUGUUCUCGCUCUCGCCUGCGCCCUGUCUAGCCGAUCCGAGCCGGUGGGAUUCUCGGACAAAGGAUCGGGCGAAGGACUGGCUAGACUACCCCCCCUUUGUCAUCUGUUGUUUCCGCUUCCAUCCUGACAGCCGGUACUACAGAGACCACACGCAGCUCGUGCGGUACCUGCAGCCCGAGCUCGACGUCACAGCACUCGCGAAAGGCACUUGGAAGCUCAAGUUUCCGGUCUAUCGGCCGCACCCCGACGACGGCGACCAGCUGCUUGUCCACCCCUCCGGGCCUGCCCCCGAUGCGUAUCUGUGCGUGGAAGAACAAGCCGACAAAAAGGCAAAAGUGGAGGCUCAAGACGGAGAACGUCCUGUGGGACUUUUCAGGACAGAUGCUGUGCCUGCCUCGUUCGGGGGGACGGCGAAGGGCGAGCAACAACCGGAAGAAGCUUUAGGGGGUCUUCUCGCUGGUCCUUCUAGCGGCGAUUCCAGACGCGGAAUGUCUUCCGACGGAGGCCAGGCAUACGAUUCAGCGGGACUCAAACCCCGGGCUGAUGAUGAGAGAGUGAAAGAGGCAGCUGCUGUACACGGUGACAACCUUCGAGGCGCCGAGCAAGCCGAGUCAAUCUCUGGCGAGGGGGAAAACUCGUCCAAUCACCAGAUUGGGGAGGAAGCCGACGAACGGACUGCGGCCACCGUAGCUGUCAAGAAGGAGUCCGCGGCUCUGGGAAUAGGCAGCGCCAACGGUCCAGGAGUUCUUUCCUCUUCUAGAGGAGGAGCGAAGCGGAACCGAGAGCAGCUGUCGGAAGGAGAUUCAACAAGUGAACUCUGGAAGCGUGAAGAAGGAAAGGGUGAAGAGCAGGGCUUCAGCACUCGAGAAUCCGAUACCUUCACUACAAACGCCCACAACGCAGCAGACAUCACUCCCGCGGAGCUGGAAAAUCUCCGAAAAUGUGAAGGUGGAACGGGAUUGACUGUUGCAGAUGAUCUGGCUGUCAACUCCGGUGAGGGAGGGGACGAGGAUGAGAAUGAACCUCAUUUGCCGAAGCGACAGAAACCGGGGGCUUCAUUUUCCUUCGAGUUGGAGCGGCCUGUCAAGGGCGCUAUUUGCGACAAUCAACUGAAACAAAGCAAGGGCUGGUCAAAGGCAACAGAGGAUAGAAUGGCGUGCGAUGGCGGUCGCACUCGGCUUCAGCCUCUUUGCUCUGAAGAGAUGGAGAAUAAAGAGAAAAGGCAGCAAGGCCUGGUGGCAUCGGACAAGGACUCGGGAGUGGGCUCUGACGUCGGGAGAGAGUCACGAGACAGCGGGACAGAGAAACACGCGCGCGGAGAGAAAAAAGGGCAGGAGCCCGAUUCAUGGAGUGUCGGAGACGUUAAGGUCCGCCUGUGGCGGCUGCUCGCCAAUGAAAGAGAGCGACGAAGAGAGCUGGCUCGAGAGACUCUUCUUGAUUGGGAGGACUAUGAGGGUGCCACCGCUGGUUGGCAGUUGCGUGCCGCUGCUGCGACCGGGGGUGUGGACGUGGAGGGGCCCGGGGGACCAGAAAUCGAGAAGGGAGAGUACGCAGAAGGCAAAGGGAGGAGGUGGAGGUCGGAGCGUUUUACAAGGGGAUUAGAAGCGUGUGGCAUGCGCUUGGUUCCAGGGCUUGGCGGAAGAGAAGAGAAUGGGAGAGGGGCGACAGAAGAGGGUAGAAGAAGAAAAGAAAGCGACGACACCUCCGAUUCUACGUUUCUGCGGUCCGACCCCUGGCAACGCGACUUCACUCAAGGUUCCACACGAUCCGGGCAUGACUCAGCUACCGCUGUCGAUCGGGAAGGGAGGGCAAGGAUAGACCUUAAUAGAUCCGGCCUGUCGUUUUCAGACGUCGCAAGGUUCCUUCUCAGACAACAACCAGUUCACCGGGUUGAAGGCAAAGGUGUCACUUCCCACUCGACAUCUUCGGCAGCAGGAUACGACCACUUGGAACAGAAGAAAAGGCGCAUGAGCGUGGCGUCCUUGCCGUCCUCGAGUUCAUCCUUUCCUUGUGACGGACCGGGAAUGCCCUCCUAUCGGUGUAGCGGUUCAGAUAUGCCUGCUUCUCACAGAGGCGGAGACGAAAGUCACCCAGCGACGCACAGCCGUCGCUAUGGUUCCGCUCAUGAUUUCGAUUGCUUCGAGCAAGCAGGACCGUCACGCGAAGGGCGGCAGAGGGGAAGCAGGGUGGUCUGUCAAGGAGGUGUACGCGCGUCUCGUCAUUUGGACGUCCACCCGACGCCUGAAGGCGGCGCUAACGGCGACUGGAGUGAAGCCGAAACUUCUGUCUGGGCACGUCCUCAGAGAGAGCGACUGCUUGAGGGACUGUCUGAAUUUGAGGACGCCCUUCUAAGGCGAGACGGCACAUCUGCUCUUGCGCAACUCUUGAAGGCGAGCCGCAGGCGUUUCUGUGCGGCGCGUGAGGGGCCCCGAAGUGAAGCCCGGCACCCGUUUCACGGAGGCAAUGACACACACGGCAACGAUGAAUGCCGGCGCGAAGAAAGGAUUUGGGGUUAUGGCGAGGGGGCUCCCUCACAGUCUGGAUUUUCUACGCCCAAAGGGAACGCCGCUUUUCGGGAGCCUUGCCUUGAAGGGAGGAGACACAACAGAUUCCGUGACACGCUCAGGGACUUUGAAGGAGCGGUGCAGAGACAGGGGUGUCAUCGCCGCGCCGAGGGCGGAAGCGACCCUUCAGGUAGUGGUGCAAGCACUCGGCGCCCAAGUCGGAGUGGGGGACUCUGCCUGGACGAAGACCUCUGGCAAGUCGUUCGACGCCCUCGACAACACCAGGCAGGUGAACAUAUUAGUGAGCCCGACAAGAGUUCGAGAGGUUUUACUACCUUGUUCAAAAGACAGGGGAGCGAGACAGUGACCUCGAGAGACCAGUGCGGAAAUUGCCAGCUGUUGACGGCCUCUCAGUGGGGAGGAUGCCCUGCUGGUUCUCCAGGUGAAGACAAACUUCCUUACCAGGGUUCGCGUCGAUUGAGGGAAAGAGAUGAACGAGCUGAAGACCGACGUCGAGUGUCGUCUAAAGACGUUGAAACGUCUCCAGCGUUUGCUGCAGAAUCAGACGCAUACGCAGAAAUGGAAGAAGACGGUGAUUUCUCCGUGCCGUGGCGCACUCAGAAAGAGGCGAUUUCGGACUUCGCUGACGAGCACAGCCAUGUGUUGAGGAGCCGUCUGUGCAAGGGCAGUGACCGCAUGUCAGGGCGGGAAAGGAGAACAAGGGAGGCUGCAUCAGCUGUUCUUUCGUCGAGUGAGGGAGCGUGCACAGGGGCAGCGGACUUUUCGCGCAUUGUGCUCGAUCGGGGUUUCUCAGCGCCAUCGUCUGUGAGCUUCUCGCCGGCUCCAUCGCGCUCGCGGUCGUUUUCUCCUCCAUCCAGUGGGAUUAGAGACUCAUAUCAUUCAGCUGAAAUGACAGUGGAUCCACGCUUUCCUCAACACACGGAAGCGAAGCGAGAGAUCGCAGACUCAGGGACUGUGGCGAAGCUUGCCAAAAUCGAAGAAGGCGGAACAGUCGCCCAUUCACAGGCCAAGCCUGUGGUGACGCGAGGAGAUGCACGACACAUAAUGGCAUCAGCGGAUGGCAACAACUCCGGAUUUUCAAGUACUGGCAGGCGUCAUUCUCCGCCUCAUGCCCGUCGGCGGGCCAGAACGCCGUCUUCAAGUGGAGCAGGUUCUUCUCGCAGAAGCUCGCUGACAUCCGCUGUAGAUGGGCAGUCUGUGACAAGCGUCCGCACGUCGCCGGCGCUCUCAGCAGCAUCUUUGGAUGGCACUGUCGGUGGUGGGGGACACGCAACGCCUCCACUGUCUACUGGUACGGGGGCCAGACGUGACGCAGAAUUGCAUGUGACCCACUCUCCACAGGCGCGUUCUUGGAAAGCGUCAGGAGGAUGUCUACCGGCGAGUGUCUCCGAAAAUGCCCCCGAAGGCUCUGGAGAUAACCCCGGCGAAGACGAAGCCGUGACGCCGGAACGCGGCGGCACCGUAUCUCGGCGUGCAAGUCGCAAGAAGCCAGAGAGACCGGCGGGAGUGCCGAGCAUGGGGACCGACGUGGAGUGGGUUUCAUCGCAGCAAGUUCGGGGUAGUGAAGACGGGGAACGGCAUCCAGACCCGUGCAAAAGGAUAGACAGAAGCAGCCCGAAUAAGCCGGGGAGUUCGCGACGGGCGUCAAGAGAGGUGUCGAGCCCCUUGCCGGAGAGUGCAAAUUUGGACGAGGACGAAACCGCGUUGUCAGGUCCUGGUCGACGGUUACGAACCCUCCAGUCUUCUGGGUACUCUCCCGCCAGCGCCGAGCAGGUAGAACAGGCCAAGGGGCCCGACGCGGCCUCAGGGGACGGUGCACCUGGACGUUCCGGACGGAGACGUCCUCGGGCUUCUCGUGCUCCUCCUGAAGGUGGAAAAGGUGGAGGCGUCGCUGGAGGUUCAGGAGAUACCGAAAAACAGAUCUCCACGAACACACAAAGCAAACGGCCGCGGCGAGUCGCUGCAGAGGGCGCGUCGCGAGUUUGGGCGGGCAAGCAGAUCGACGUGGAAAGUCACGGCGGUGCUCGUGGGGAAGACGAAGAAGAGGAUAUGACUGGGGUGGAGAGAGGGGGGCUGGCGGGAAGGGACAGUGACGAAGAUUUCGUGCCAUAGGUGUCGCAGGGGGAUCGUUCCAGUGCACUGCCACGUAAUUGCACGUGCUGCGUAAGGCUAUCUGUCGUGGCACCUAAUGACGCAUUCUCCCUCCGAGCAUCGCGUCCUCUGUCCACUGUCAGAUCUGAUGAGGAACUUGUGGGGAACGAAGACCAUUAUUGGUCCGAAGGAUAGGUACUAGUCGUAUGAGACUUUGAGCAUGUUAAGAGUUUUGCCCAGGGUCUCAUAUGUUCUCGUUUAUCCAUGAAUUCAGACCUUACUCGUCUCACCUGAAACGAAACGCACUGCCAUAGGCCUUACAGCGAUGGGCAGGGUCGCCGAGUCUUCUGUUGCAUUUUGCGCGGUGGGUAUUAUUAUAAUGUCUCCAUUCAACAAGGAAGUGUUCUUCCGGGGGGGGGGGGUGAAUCCCUGAAAAUGCCACGGGUUGAGAGUUGGGAACGUAAUGUUGCAAUUCUCCCUGAAUAUUCGGUUACCAGUCAAGGCAGUGGAGCACGUGUAAACGGUCACGAGCAGUUGUGGUGAGUCGUCAGUCGCAACGCGUUUGCACGCUCUGACCCUUGAAAUGAGGGGUGCACCGAUACAGAUGCCGCCAGGUCAGGAAAGUGUACCACCUACAUGUGUUUUUUUUGACAGCAAAAGGCUGCAAGGAACACGCGUAACACAUGGGUAUGUGACGUUCCGCCUUGUGUCUUGAUACAUAGAUAUACGCAGGCUCGGGCAAGAGGUUUCCUACUCCGAUUUCUUGCUCGUCAGCGGCUUACUCCCGCCUGUGCCGCGUCGAUCUUCGUCUUAAGGACUGAGACUAAGUUGAGCCACGCAUCGCAGACUGCAGCGAUUGCAAAUAGCGCAUCCUGCUCAACGUGAUACACACCUA